AGUCUGGUCCCGAAACCCAAGGUCCGAUCCGCAAACCCAAGGUUCCCAGUCUCCCCUCUUGCCCCCAUCUCGCGUCCUCCGCUUCUCCUAUGCCGAUCUGAUAACAACGGCUUCUUUCCUCACAAUGCCAAUGGCAGCUCUGACGACCCAGCUAGCUAACAACAUGGUCGUCGCCCAUGUUCUUGCCCGGUGAACAAAACGACCAUGCAUUCUCUCCCAGAGCGCACAGUACCUGAGCAAGCUAAUAAUAAGGUGCUUAUUAUUACUACUCCAUGGUUUUGAUGUUCCAUUCCAACCUCAAUGAUGAAACACAUGCUUCCCCUGUGAGAAAGCUGUCAUAAUCACCAGGCCAUCAUCGACGCUCCGUCCUUUGGCGCGUGGAAGUGGAUGCAUGCGGUGUGCGGGAUAUGGGCCGAGAAAAAGCUCCGACAGACGCGGGCUGACGAAGCCACUGUGCUCGAUCGUAUCUAGUGGGAGGUGCGAAGAGGAUCUAGCAGAGACGAUGGAGCAGCGAUAUCGCGUGACUGCAGCGACGGGAGCCUUGGAACCCGUCAUAAGCAAGCUCACUAACUUGCUGGAUGACCGGACUGAGUUUGCUCAUCUCGAGAGGUGGCGUGAAGACAUCCAGUUCGUCAAAUCACGGCUGAGCUCCAUGUACUCUCUCCUUCUGACGAUAUGGGACAGGGAGGAUCUUCGUCUUGAUUCAGUGUGCAACGAAUGGAUGGCUGAAGCACGGAAGCUGUCCUACAGUGUUGAGGAAGACAUCGACAGCGGCGUCUUUGCUGACAGCUCCGCCUUCACACAGCCUAAAACCGACGCAGUAAACCCAUUCGAGAAGCUGAAGAAUGAGGUGCAAAAAUUGAUCAACCGGUGCUCGGAGGACUGGAAGACUCUGGGAAGAACCAUCUCGGAGCAUCCUCAGCCAGCUGAGCCGAAUGUUGACCCAAUAAUGUCUGAAUUUAUCCACCACGAUGCGUCAGAGCUCGUGGAGAUGGAUGAGAAGAAAUAUCAACUCAUAAGAUUGCUGGAAGAGCACCACACUGUAUGCAUUGUAGGAUUUGCAGGGAUGGGCAAAACCACACUUGCUGACCAAGUGUACCAAGGAAUCAGAAAGAAAUUCAAAAGCCAUGCCUUUGUUUCAUUGUCGAGAAGGCCAAACGUGACGCGAGUUUUGACAAGUCUUUGUACUCAAGUCAUGGUGUCUGCCAUCACUAAGAGAAAAGUAGUAACCAACAGUCUAGCUGACACGGUUGCAUUGGAAUGGGGCAGUCAUUAUUCUUCCUUCAUCAAAGCCAUAAAAGAUAUACUCUGCGAAGAUGUACUCCGCAAAGCUAAUGACGAGCAAAAGAAAGACACAGAAACUUUGAAUAAACUGCAAGAGGAAGAAAAUAUACUCAUCAAGAACAUAAAGGGAUUCUUCGGAAGGGUUAUGGUAUGACUGAAACCUGCCGGAUAAUAUCCGUAGAGUACCUGCAAAAGGGCCAUGCCCAUCAGUUUGGUUCAACUGGAGCACUUGUCUCGGGAGUUGAAGCAAAAAUUGUUGAUGUAAAGACAAUGAAGCAUCUGCCUUUGAACCAACUAGGAAAAAUCUGUAUUCGAGUACCAAACAUAAUGGAAGAUGAUAUUUGAUUAUUUUUCUGCCUUAUUGAUUUUGUUUAUUUACAAAUGUAACUGUGUAUAUAUGCCAAUGUUUGGGUUGUGCUAUUAACUUGUGCUUUCAUUGGUUAAUUUCUCGA